AUGGAGGGUGAAUUCACAGAAGUCCCCGUUCUGGACUAUUCUCUCUCACAGCACCCAACCGGAAAGGCGGAAUUCCUCUCACAGCUGCGGAAUGCCAUUGUGAAUGUGGGAUUCUUCUACCUCAGCAAUCAUUCGAUUCCCGAAGAGGUGCAAAGAGCCGUGCUCGAGCAGACAAAUGCCUUCUUCAGUCUUCCCCUGCAAAAGAAAAUGGAUAUUGAUAUGGCGCACAGCAAGCAUUUCCUUGGGUAUAACAGAAUGAAUUCUGAGAAGACUGUGGCUAUUACAGGCCAAAACGAAUCUGUAUUUUUUGGGCCCGACUAUCCUCCUCCGAACCCAGCUGCGUUGGCGUAUCUCAACCUGCACGGCCCUAGCCAGUGGCCAGAUCAAAAUGCCGUACCGGACUUUCACCAGGCCGUUGAAACGUACCGCUGUGCCGUCCAAGACCUGGCCACAUCCUUCAUCUCAUUAACAUCUGAGGCCCUCGGCCUGGAGACCAACUCUUUCAGUUGGCUGUUCAAAGACGCGCCGUUCAGUCGCCUGAAUCUACGGAUGUACCCUGCCCCUCUGGAGGAGUCAAAUAGGGGUGCUCGCUAUGGAAUUGCUCCGCACAAGGACAGUUCAUUCAUGACAUAUCUGCUCCAAGGAGGCGAUCACAACUGCCUCGAAGUGCAGAGCAAGACUGGUAACUGGAUCGCCGUCCCUCCGAUCCCGGGGACUCUCGUGGUGAACAUCGGCCGCCUACUGGAGAUUCUUACACGCGGAGUGUGUAUCGCGACGACGCAUCGUGUGAUACUUGGCUCGACUGGAUUUCUUGACAAGCAUGGGAACCGCUUAGGCUCACGACUCUCGAUUCCUUUCUUUCAAAAUGUCAACCUCCGUCUGAUGCCGGAUGACUUUGCGGUAGAUGUUCCGGCACACGUCGUAGACCUGUCUAGGGGCGAGAGGAUAGUUGCUGACUCUGGAACAUUCUUUUCUGGGAUAUUUGACGACUCUGUCGGCGACACUGUGUUUGUCAGUAUGCUCACGAGCUUCGUAGAGACUGCGAAGGUGUGGUAUCCGGACCUGCUUCCAGUGGCCUUGAAGAAGCAGGCUGAGAAGAAGCGCUUGGAUAUUGCGAGGGGGGCCAAGAUUGAAUAG